UCCAGCUGGUAAGCCUGCUGCUGAUUGGAAUUGCGGCAUGGGGAAUCGGAUUCGGCCUCGUCUCUAGUUUCAAAGUUGUUGGAGUGAUAAUUGCAGUAGGAAUCUUCCUCUUCCUUAUUGCCUUGGUUGGAUUGAUUGGUGCAGUGAAACACCAUCAAGUAUUGCUAUUCUUUUACAUGAUUAUUCUUUUGCUAGUCUUCAUUGUCCAGUUUUCUGUCUCCUGUGCCUGUUUGGCACUAAACAAGGAACAGCAGAGUGAACUUCUAGAGGUGGGAUGGAAUAACACUGACAGCGCAAGAGCAGAUAUUGAGAGAAAUCUGAAUUGUUGUGGAUUCAGAGUUUUUGAUCCAAGUGAAACCUGCUCCUCUGAUUGUUUUAGAAGUCGCCAGUGUCAACCAUGUGCACCAAUAAUAGAAGAAUAUUCUGGAAUGGUGCUGAGAUUUGUUGGAGGCAUAGGACUCUUCUUCAGUUUCACAGAGAUUCUGGGAGUCUGGCUGACGUAUAGAUACAGGAACCAAAAGGAUCCCCGUGCAAACCCUAGUGCAUUUCUUUGAUAAGUUUAUAAAGGACUGAAUCUUCUCUUUUCACCCUCUACUUCAGAAUACUGAUUCUCCAUAGUUUGAUAUUUCUCCAUAAUAGGGAUUCUACAUGUAUGCAAAAGAAAACUUUAUUUCCAUAAUAAAUUAGUUGUUUUCAUAUUCAAUUUCCCACUGUGUUUCUUCUAAGUAUCUCUAUCUUGAAGUAGACUGGUGUAUUCAGUAGCUGGGCAGAGUCAAACUGCUGCUCCGAGCUGGUUAAAUAACUGUUAAGACUUUGGUAACUGAUGUGGUGAACUCUAUACAGUGAGUUUUUUAGCACGAGUGGCUUCUCUGGUGUCCUAAAAAACCCCAAAAGUAUUUUCUACUGUAUUCAUUGAUUACAAAAAUUCGCACAGUUUCUCAUUAAAAUG